AUGGUUAGUCCUGCUGCAAUGGAAGGUAACGGUCAAUCGCGACGUCCUGCCGGUGGUGAGAAGCGCAGUCGCGGCUUUGGCCGGUCCAAAGGCGAGGCCGAUGUGGGCGAUGGUCGGAAAGCCAGGUCAAAACCGCAGGUCAAGAAGGCUGCAUUCGAGAGUACGAAAAAGAAGGAGAUUGGUGUCUCAGAUCUCACUUUGUUAAGCAAAGUGUCCAAUGAGGCUAUCAACGAUAAUCUCAAAUUGCGGUUUGAGAACAGGGAGAUUUAUACAUAUAUUGGCCACGUGCUGGUCUCUGUCAACCCGUUUCGAGACUUGGGAAUAUAUACCGACCAAGUCCUCGACUCCUAUCGCGGCAAGAACAGACUCGAAGUUCCCCCGCACGUCUUCGCUGUCGCCGAAUCUGCAUACUAUAACAUGAAAGCAUACAAAGAUAACCAAUGUGUCAUUAUCUCAGGAGAGUCCGGAGCCGGAAAGACGGAAGCCGCCAAACGGCUAAUGCAGUAUAUUGCGAGUGUGUCGGGCGGUUCUGAUUCAUCUAUUCAGCAAACCAAGGAAAUGGUAUUGGCGACAAAUCCGCUUUUAGAAUCAUUUGGUAAUGCGAAGACAUUGCGAAACAAUAACUCGUCGCGGUUCGGUAAAUAUCUGGAGUUGGAGUUUAAUGCACAGGGUGAACCGAUUGGUGCUAGUAUCACGAAUUAUCUUCUCGAAAAGACGAGAGUUGUCGGCCAGAUCACAAACGAACGAAACUUUCAUAUUUUCUAUCAGCUCACAAAGGCCGCGCCUCAAGAGUACAGAGAUAACUUUGGAAUUCAGCAACCUCAGUCGUAUCUUUACACAAGUCGAUCGAAAUGUUUUGACGUGCAAGGCAUUGACGAUGCGUCCGAUUUCGCAGAGACUCUUGAAGCAAUGCGGAUCAUCGGUUUGACUCAGGGCGAAAAGGAUAACAUUUUCCGUAUGCUCGCAGCGAUCUUAUGGCUGGGUAAUAUUCAAUUCACGGAAGACGACCAAACUCAUGCAUCAAUAACGGAUCAAUCUGUUGUUGAUUUUGUGGCAUAUCUCCUCGAAGUCGAUUCUGCGCAAGUUAAUAAAGCUCUUACGAUUCGCGUCGUCGAGACAGCACGAGGUGGUCGGCGAGGCUCUGUGUAUGAGGUUCCCCUGAAUACAGUGCAAGCUAACGCUGUGCGGGAUGCGUUGGCAAUGGCUAUCUACUUCAACCUGUUCGACUGGAUCGUUGAUCGAUUGAAUCAGUCAUUAAAGGCAAAACAAGCUGUGACAAAUUCGAUUGGUAUUCUCGAUAUUUAUGGAUUUGAGAUCUUCGAGAAGAACUCUUUCGAACAAUUGUGCAUCAACUACGUGAACGAAAAGCUACAACAGAUCUUUAUUCAAUUGACACUGAAAGCUGAACAGGAGGAGUAUGCUCGCGAACAGAUUCAGUGGACUCCGAUCAAGUACUUUGAUAACAAGGUUGUCUGCUCAUUGAUCGAGGAUAAGCGACCCCCUGGUGUCUUUGCAGCACUCAACGACGCCUGUGCAACCGCGCACGCAGAUUCAUCGGCAGCUGACCAGACUUUUGUCGGACGUCUGAAUUUCCUGGGUCAGAACCCCAACUUUGAAAACCGACAAGGACAGUUCAUCAUCAAGCAUUAUGCUGGUGAUGUCAGCUAUUCCGUGGAAGGAAUGACCGAUAAGAACAAAGAUCAACUGCUCAAGGAUCUGCUCAAUCUGGUCGGAUCAUCAAGUAACGACUUUGUGCAUGUUUUGUUUCCCAACCAAGUGAACCAAGACGACAAGCGACGCCCACCUACCGCUGGUGAUAAGAUCAAAGCUUCUGCGAACGACCUGGUUACUACAUUGAUGCGAUGCCAACCCUCAUACAUCCGAACCAUCAAGCCCAACGAGAACAAGUCGCCUACGGAGUAUAAUACCGCGAAUGUGCUUCACCAGAUCAAAUAUCUAGGUUUGCAAGAGAACGUUCGUAUUCGACGAGCGGGUUUCGCUUAUCGUCAGACCUUUGAUAAGUUCGUCGAGCGGUUCUAUCUGUUAUCCAAGCACACUUCCUACGCAGGUGAUUAUACGUGGACGGGGGAUGCAGAAUCUGGUGCCAGACAAAUUCUGAAAGACACAGGCAUUCCAGCUGAAGAAUAUCAAAUGGGUGUGACAAAGGCGUUUAUCAAGACCCCGGAAACACUGUUUGCACUUGAACACAUGAGAGAUCGCUACUGGCAUAACAUGGCAAUUCGUAUCCAGCGAGCAUGGCGCAACUACCUACGUUAUCGUAUCGAAUGCGCGAUAAGGAUUCAACGUUUCUGGCGUAGGGUCACAGGUGGUUUGGAUCUCAUCAAGUUCCGGGACCAAGGCCACAAGUUAUUGCAGGGUAGGAAAGAGCGUCGCCGUAUGAGUUUGCUUGGUUCUCGGCGGUUCCUGGGAGAUUAUAUUGGGGUUGGAAAUGAUGGUGGUCCUGGAGAGAUUAUCCGUACUAGCGCUGGCAUUAGUGGGUCUGAGAAAAUUCUCUUUUCUUCACGUUGCGAGCUUUUGGUGGCCAAGUUUGGUCGUUCCAGUAAACCGAUGCCUCGUAUCCUUGUUUUGACGCCUCGCAAUGUCUACAUCAUCGUUCAAGCGAUUGUCAAUAACCAGCUUUCCAUCUCGGCAGAGCGAACCAUUUCCCUCGGAGCUAUCAAGUACAUUAGCACGACAAACUUGAAGGACGACUGGUUCUCGAUAGUCGUUGGCUCUCAAGAGCCGGAUCCACUUCUGAACUGCGUCUUCAAGACCGAGUUUUUCACUCAUGUGUCUGCUGCUCUUAGGGGACAGUUGACAUUGAAGAUUGGAGAAACUAUUGAAUAUAAUAAGAAGCCUGGAAAGUUGACCACCGUCAAAGCUGUCAAAGACCCCGCCGUUCCUCGCGACGAUGUUUACAAGAGUGGUAGCAUUCACACCGGAUCUGGUGAACCUCCCAACUCAGUUUCGAAACCCACUCCACGACCCAAGCAAGUUGCUGCCAGACCAGUUACGAAGGGUAAACUUCUGCGACCUGGCGGUCCAAAUGGCGGUCCUUCUAAACUCAGCGGAAAUCGGCCGAACGGCACUACUCCGCGACCUGUGCCGACACCUCAAGCUCUUCCUGGAGCGACCCAACCAGUCACAGCGCAUCCUCGCGUCGUGCCUCAACCGGUUGCAGCCGUUGCAGCUUCACAUAAUCGAACAUCAUCCCAGGCGUCUGUCCGUGCUCCACCACCACCACCUCCUCCAGCUCCACCCGCGGCUGCCGCAGCUCCUAAGAAACCGUCUGCCAAGGUGCUGUACGACUUCUCCAGUGACCGACCCAACGAACUCACAAUCCACGCGGGAGAGAUCAUCCAGAUUGUCUCCAAAGAAGGAAACGGCUGGUGGCUAUGCAUGAACACAACAACCUCCGCCCAAGGCUGGACACCCGAAGCCUACCUCGAGGAAAUUCCCGUAACAGUCGCCAAACCCGCACCACCCCCAGUCGCACCAAAAGCUGCUGCUACCACUAAUGGCCACUCCGUUGCAGCAGCAGCAAAAGCCAAACCCGCCCCUCCGGCACCACCAGCUAAAAGACCCAGCGCAGCUGGUCGUAAACCUCUUGCACCGCCUACUCGUGAUAGUGCUGUUAGUAUUAACUCCCAGGAUUCGUCCGGUGGUGGUGCUAGUGGUCGUGCGACGCCUAAUAGUAGCUCAAAUGCUAGUUUGGCGGGUGGUUUGGCAGAGAUUUUGAGACAGAGACAGAGUGCUAUGCGUGGAUCGAAUGAGGAUGAGGAUGAUUGGUGAUUGACCUUUCGACUGUCGUUGUUGAGUAUAAAUUUUCUUCCUCCUGGAUAUUAUGCGAGUGGUGUGUAUUCGCAUGUCAGUUCUUAUCUUGUUUCUUUCUUAUUUAGAGCAUAUGCAUGAAUGGCUUUUUGUAAGACGGAUCCAUCAUUUCGGUGGGCAUGCAUAUACCUUUAUCUUUUUGUUGUUGCUUGUU